UAUAUUUAUAUAUAUAUUCCCUUUGAACUAUGGCUAAUAACGACGAACUUGCAAAUGCAGCGGCUCAAGGAGAUAUGCACAGGAUGAGGGAGUUAUUGGAUCAAGGAGCGGACCCCAAUGGUAUAAAUAGUUUUGACAGAACGCCCAUCCAGGUCAUGAAGAUGGGGGUCCCAGCAGUGGCUCAGCUCCUCCUGGAGAGAGGAGCAGAUCCCAACCGCCAAGACUCGAUGGGCAUGGCAUUAAUUCACGAUGUAGCCAGGGAAGGUUUCUUGGACACCUUGCAGGUCUUGGUAGGGUUUGGCCAUGCGAAUCCGAGCCUCCGAAAUGCAAGCAACCACCUCCCCGUGGAGCUGGCCAGCCAGAGCGGCCACACUGACGUGGUCAGGUAUCUGGAUAACCUCCCCAAAGCCGAAUGAACGGAAGCCUAUUUAUUCCUCAGACCUGAACCAGAGUGAGGUUUGAAGUCCUCAUUCUUUCUCACAACCGAAAAAAACAAACAAAAAACAUUUGGUGUUUGGGACAUUGAAUUUAAAAGCAAAUA